UAACUAAUAAAUUGAAACGUCUGGCUAUUUUUAUAAAAAUUUACGAAUAAAAAGCAAUUUAAUCAUUAUUUUAUUAAAAUAUUUUUAAAUAUUAGUUCUAUAUUCGUAUUCCCAUAUUCAGAAAUGUGUUCCUUGAGGUCUGUUCUACUUUCUAUCUAAUCUUCAGGCUAUUUUCUUUUUUCUUUUAAAUUCAGAUCUAUGAUGAAGAAGCUGAACUUAAUCGUUUACCGUCACAAUUCAAGAAAGAAUUACAACACAUCUUCGAUGCAGUACAUCAACAAGAUUAUCAUGUAAUUAAAAAUGAACAUUUGAAACAACAUGAUUCAAAUUUGAAAUGGUUAAGUUAUCUGCUAAAGAAUGUAUUGCCAACUUGUGCUAUUUGGAGUAGUCUACUAUUAGGUAAUUUAUCAAGACAUAAAGUUCAAUCAGCUGAAAAAAUCAUAUUAGAUAAAAACAUCCAACGAAGUACGGCGAACAGUGAAAGGCGCAUGGGAAUUGUUAAGAAGAUGGAGCUAGGUGGUAUUGUGCGCGAACGUAUUGAUAUCGUCGUAAGAAUUCUUAUUGAAAACAUGAUAAACAACAUAUCAUCUUUCGCCGAAGUCAUGUUAUUAAAACAAUCAAAAUCAUUAGAACCUUUUCGAACAAAACCAAUUCAAGAAAAUUGGCAACAAAAACCAAAUCGUCGAAACCAGGGUUAUUAUCAACAAGCAGCUACUGAACGUGCACUGUUUUGGUUAAACGACGAUGUUACUGUUGUUCCAUCCAUUAACAUUGGCUUCCAGUUCGUUGAUUUUUAUUAUUAUCAAGAUAUUUAUUCGUGGUUAACAACAACGAUCAAUCUAUUACUAUCAUUGCCAUACAUUCGUCGAGUAUUAAAACAAUACCAUCAAUUACAGUUAAACAAUUUGUUAAAUGAAAUUUUAUUAAUUACAAAAAUGAUCAAUGGAGCAAACAUUAAGAGCACAAAUAAAAUCAACAUUGGCAUUCAUUUAUUCAACGAUGUAUUAUCAUCAAUACCGAUUGAUUUGAAAGAACAUAUUGAUAUUGAUCGUGGACCAGCAAGAUAUGAAAGUUUAAAUAGAGCUAUUUUAUGUAUUGAAAAUGGCCAACAUUAUCGACAAUUAUUCAAUUUAUUAAGAACAAACAUCAUCACCUCUUGUGAAUGUCCAAAUUGCAAUUCAGAAAUGGCUAAUUUAUCUUCCUCUAACAACGGUAUUCCAUUGUUUGAAACAACAUGUGAAGGAAUACGCGCAACACCGGUCUUGAAGAAACCAGUCCUGAUAAAUAAUACCUGUUCGUCGUGUUCAUUCACAGUUGUCGAAAAUAGCAUUUUAAAAACACAUUCACAAAUAUUUAUUUCAAUUCCUCAACUUAUUAUUUGUAUUAUUCAACUCUUAGAAGAAAAAACUAUUCAAGAACAAAUAGAAAUUAAUGGCAUAUAUUUCAAACCGAUGGCAUUAUUAUUAAAAGGCAAAUAUAAAGACACAUUAACCGUCGUCGAUGUUUCCAGUAAUCUGUCAUAUCAAUUAUAUGAACAAAAUCCAUAUGAGAACGGGAUGGCAUGUGAAUUAGAUGAUAUAUUAAAUUAUUUUGACCCAACAUCAGAUAUUAUUGGUCUUUACUGUCAAGUGCCAUCUGUAACAUUAGAACAAACAGUAUACAAAAUUCAUUAUUUAACGUUAUUAUUGGGUUUAACAGAAGUAUUAUCAUUAAUAUUCCAGAAUGAAAUAAAUAUUCAUCAAUUAACACUUCGACAACAAUUACUUGACAAACAAACGAAAACAAGUGAAGUGUCUAGUGAAUUACAUGAUCGAAUAGCAAAAAUAGAAAAAUUAAAAAAACGAUAUCAAAUUGUUAAUAUUUCAAUGGCACCACCUGAAAGUGCUACAGAAGAAGAAACAUCUCAAAAAUAUUAUGUUAUUAAGGCUGCACAAGAAAAAGAAGAAUUACAACGUCAAGGUGAUGAAUUAGAUGCAAAAAUUCGAAAAGCGGAAAAAGAAUUACGCGCAGAAGAAAAUACAUUGAAAAUUUUGAAAAUUUUGAAUACGGGAAAUAGUAUGACAAAAGAUUCAUUUAAAAAAUUAACUGAUUCAAGUGAUGAAUCAACACAAUUAGAAGAAUUAGAAAUUUAUUUAAAAAAAUAA